CUUGAUUUUCAUUCAUUUCUCUAGACAGACAGGGUAAAAAACAUGAAACGAAAGCUCGACGCUAACGAUGUGCCCUCUCCGGAGGUCACAGAUGGAAAAGAAUCCCAAGAGGUGGCCACCGCAGACUUCGAAAGCCUCGACCUGGAUCCCCGACUGCGCCAAGCCUUGAUCAAAGAGAAAUUCAACAAGCCGACGCCAGUCCAGUCCAAGGCGAUUCCUCUCGCACUUGAAGGGAAAGACAUUUUAGCUCGCGCAAAGACCGGCUCUGGCAAGACCGCCGCCUAUGUUCUUCCAAUCUUGCACACCAUCCUUCAGAAAAAGACGACCGAUCCUUCCUUGAAAGCCACCACAGGUCUUAUCCUCGUCCCUACACGAGAACUUGCAGAGCAAGUCCAGAAAGUCGUCACUACAUUCUCUGCGUUCUGUGGAAAGGAUGUACGCUCCGUAAACCUGACCCAAAAAGUCUCGGAUGCUGUUCAGCGGUCCAUGCUCGCCGAUUACCCCGACAUUGUUGUCUCGACCCCCGCUCGUGUUAUUGCGAAUCUUGGAAAUUCCGCCCUCUCCUUGGACAAGCUUACCCACUUUGUCAUUGACGAAGCCGAUUUGGUGCUUUCAUACGGAUACGAGGAUGAUAUUAACGCUCUGUCGAAGGCUAUUCCCCGCGGUGUCCAGACGUUCUUGAUGAGUGCCACUUUGACUGCGGAGGUGGAUACCCUGAAGGGUCUGUUUUGUCGCAGCCCAGUGGUGUUGAAACUGGAGGAGAAGGAUGACGAAGGCGCCGGGAUUAGUCAAUUUGUUGUCAGAUGCGCUGAGGAUGAGAAAUUCCUUCUAACCUAUGUCAUCUUCAAGCUCCAGUUGAUCAAGGGUAAGGUAAUUAUCUUCGUCGGAGACGUGGAUCGUUGCUACCGAGUCAAGCUGUUCCUCGAACAGUUUGGAAUCAAGUCCUGUGUGCUUAACUCCGAACUCCCAGUCAACUCUCGAAUCCACGUUGUCCAGGAGUUCAAUAAAGGCAUUUACGACAUUAUUAUCGCCGCAGACGAACAAGAAGUCAUGGGAACACAAAAACCCUCCAGGAAGUCCAAGGAAGCAGCCGAAGGCCAAGAUGAUGAGGGCAUGGCAUCCAGCGAAGAAGAAGAAGAACAAGAAGAGCAAGAAACAUCCACCAAAUCCAAGCGCCGCAAGCUCUCAGCGAAGUCAAAGGACUACGGUAUCUCCCGUGGAAUCGAUUUCCAGAACGUCGCUUGCGUCCUUAACUUCGACCUUCCGAGCACGUCCAAAUCCUACACCCACCGAAUCGGCCGUACAGGCAGAGGAGGCAAAACUGGCAUGGCGCUCUCCUUCGUCGUCCCUGUAGACCAAUACGGCAAGCACAAACCCACUUCCAUCCCUACAGCGAAGCAUGACGAAACCGUCAUCGCAAAGAUAAUCAAGCGCCAGGCUAAACUUGGCCACGAGGUCAAACCAUACCACUUCGAAAUGAGUCAGGUCGACGCCUUCCGGUACCGGAUGACCGAUGCGCUGCGUGCCAUUACCCGCCUCUCGGUGCAGGAAGCUCGCGCCAGGGAAAUUCGCCAGGAGCUGAUCAAGAGCGAGAAACUCAAGCGCCAUUUUGAAGAGAACCCGGAGGAACUCCGCCAGCUGCGCCACGAUGGCGAGUUGCGUUCUGCGCGGAUCCAGCCGCACCUCAAGCACAUCCCUGAUUACCUGAUGCCUUCAAAGGGGAAAAAGGGCAUCUCGAGGGAGGAUGUUGGGUUUGUUGGAUUCAGGAAAACGAGCGAGAAUCGGAUUCGCAAGGCAAGAGAUAAGAAUCGGGGGAAAGGGAAGGGUAGGAAACCGGCUGGUGUGAGGAAGGUUGACCCAUUGAAAACAUUUAACAGGGGGCGCAAGUGAGCGAACUCAUUAUCAAUAUUAUCCACAUCAUUUAUAAUGUUUGGAAGGGCGUCUUUAUGGAAUCCACAAUCUGUAUGUACAUGGAAGCAUUGAA